GGGAUCCUCAAUUUUUCAACUUAGCAUCUUGGCAGGACAUUUUCCCAAGCAAAGCCCCCGUCCGACGGGUAAAAAAAAAACUUCUGCGCGGGCAUGAGAGCGACGGUGCAACUCAGAUAAGGGAGCAACAGAAAAAAAAACAGAACCAGACAAAACAUCCGACGGGCAGUGGCUGGCUGGCAGCGAUCAAAAUAAUCCAUCCAACAUCCAAGCCUCUCACUUUUACUUUUUGCCUUCACCGUUGUCAUUUAGCAGGGGAGGGGGGGACAGACAGCGGGUCUGCAGACACACGGCUCUAUGCGCUCCGACGGCAGCGCAUGAGAAAAUAAAGAGGGGAAAGUGCGCGAGUUAAGUGGCUUCUACUCUCCGGGCUCCAGCAUGGCGUAUCCUCAGGGCUACUUGUACCAGCCCUCCGCUUCUCUAGCCCUGUAUUCGUGCCCUGCGUACAGCACCAGCGUCAUAUCGGGACCCAGGACCGAGGAACUUGGGAGAUCCUCUUCGGGAUCUGCUUUUGCGCCCUAUGCCGGAUCUACUGCGUUCACCAGCGCCUCGCCAGGCUACAACUCCCACUUGCCGUACAGUGCAGACGCGGCGGCAGCUGCCACAUUCACCUCGUACGUGAGUUCUCCCUAUGACCACACUACGGGUAUGGCCGGCUCACUAGGAUACCACCCUUACGCAGCACCCUUGGGCACCUACCCUUAUGGUGACCCAGCAUACCGUAAAAACGCAACCCGGGACGCCACCGCCACCCUGAAGGCCUGGCUCAAUGAGCACCGCAAAAACCCGUACCCCACCAAGGGCGAGAAGAUCAUGCUGGCCAUCAUUACCAAAAUGACCCUCACCCAGGUGUCCACCUGGUUCGCCAACGCCAGGAGGAGGCUAAAGAAGGAGAACAAGAUGACCUGGACCCCCCGGAACCGGAGCGAGGACGAGGAGGAAGACGAGAAUAUUGACUUGGAGAAAAACGACGACGACGAGCCAAACAAGCCCACAGACAAGGGAGACUCCACAGACACAGAAGCAGAUCAUAAACUGCUGAACCCGGGGGACAUAGGCUGUGACAGAUUUAAAGAGGAGAACCCUGGCAAAGACACGGAUCCGCUUCUCAGCGACUCGGAGUUAAAAGACCAGGAGGAGCGGACUACAGAGUUGCUGCCGGAUUCCGCGAAACCCACCACUUCGUCUCCCUCGGCGGUGCCCCGAGGGAACCAGAGCGUUGCGCAACAAGACAAGCCGUCAGAUUUGAGCCAUGCACCGGGUACGGUGACCAGCAACGUGACCUCUGUUAUCCACUCGCCCCCCUCAGCCCCUAAACCCAAACUCUGGUCCCUUGCGGAGAUCGCCACGUCCUCAGACAGGUGUAAGAGCAGCGGCGAGGCGCCACAGGCUUGUCCCGGUUUGGGUCAGAGCGCAGUGAUGGGCACCAGCGCGUCUCCAUCACGGUCCUCCCCUCAGUGCCCGCUCCCCAACAGCACGGUCCUGUCCAGGCCUCUGUACUACACCUCCCCUUUCUACCCCGGCUACACGAACUAUGGUGGCAGUUUUGGACAUCUUCACAGUAACCACGGCUCGGUAACCACGGGCUCCACGGCACAUUUCAAUGGAUUAAACCAGACUGUGUUAAAUAGAGCAGAGGCUUUGGUAAGGGAGAGCCAGAAAGUCAGAGGCCAAACGCAGGUAGAUCUUUGUAAAGACUCCCCUUAUGAACUAAAGAAAGGUAUGUCAAACAUUUAAUACCUGAAUAUUUUCCACUCACGCGGACUUUUAUUUAUUUUUUGUGGUUGCAUUAAAAAAAAAGAAAAAAGAACAAUGAUGAAGCAAAUUCUGAGAACAGUUAUUUUCUGAGUAAAUGCUUAUCCUCAAAUUUUUAGUUUCUGAAUGGUUAAUCCUAAAAUGUAACAAGAAUGGUCUUAAUCGCUGCAGCCGCCUGAGUCUAUUUGUAUUAAAGACUAACAUGUAUAUUUAAUGUAGCAUUUUUGU